AGGUAUUAAUGAAAGAUAGCUCCGUACCGGCGCCUGUCAUGGCAGGCAAAGUACCCAGCGAGCUGUACAUCUCUGAGAAGUGGGACAAGUGCCUGGAGAGAACCGUCGUUAAUGUGGCAAGCGGCGCAGUGCUCGGACUUCUGUCCGGCUUCGUCCUAGCACGCACGGGUCACGGCCGGAGUCUCGUCGCCGCCGUGGGGGUGGGCUGUGGUGUGGGAGCGUCGUGGGUCAGAUGCGCACAGGACUUCGAAGAAAAGGAAAAGGCGUAGUGAGGGGGAGGUAAUGUGGAAAAAGGCGAGGGCGAGGGCCUUGAUGUAUACAUUCAGGGAAGAGCGGACUGAUGGAGAGGGAAGGGGGUGAGAGAGGGACGCGGAUGCAUGGACGCUCAGAGGAUAGGCUGUGGAGUUUGAUCCCUUGUGGUAUGGCAGCUAGCCGGCCUAGAGAGACUGAUAUAGAUAGAAGGGGCUAGGAUGGGGCUCUGGGCGGCGGAGAAAGACUCAAAGGGCAGUCGGGCGCGCAUAGAUGCUUAUGAAAAGGAGGAAAGGCGGAGGACGUGUCUCGGAGGUGGGCGACUGUAUCAUGAGGCCGCUUCUGAAAACUUAAGAAGUAAGAGCUUAUGAAUAUGUACUUCUUUCAAUGGCAUUUUCUGCGCCGUAGCCUGGCUCCGACGACAGUCGUAUGGGCAACAAAGAGAGUCGGCUGGUUCAAACCCCUUGAAAGAAAAGUCUCCCACCUUAGCUC